UAAGAAAUUGAAUGAUGGCACCUACAUAUCAGAGGAGAGGACUGCCUCGGGAAAGCCAACCGCGGAGACGUGUCCCAUACCGGACGUAAUCCUUUCUCUCCACUUCUACCGCUUCAACUACCGAUUCGUCCUCUCUCCUUCCGACGACUCCGAUCAGCUGUCAUCCCUCUCCUCUUGGCCGUCCUUCUCCUUCCCUAGCGCCUCAGCGUUUCCCCUUCCAUCACGAUGGCCGCUCCCGAGCUGAAGUCGGACGCCCUGAUGGAGCAGAUGAAGAAGCACCUCUCCACCGACGCCGGCAAGGAGAUCACCAAGAAGGUCGGCCUCGUCUACCAGAUCAACAUCGCCCCUAAGAAAAUUGGGUUCGACGAGGUGGUCUAUAUCGUUGAUCUCAAGAAGGGCGAGCUCACAAAAGGGCCUUAUGAAGGGGGAAAGCCCGAUGCCACCUUCUCCUUCAAGGAUGAAGAUUUCAUCAAGGUGGCUACUGGGAAAAUGAAUCCUCAGAUUGCUUUCAUGAGAGGAGCCAUGAAGAUCAGAGGCAGUUUGAGCGCAGCGCAGAAGUUCACACCCGACAUAUUCCCAAAACCAUCGAAGCUGUGAAUACAGGCAGAUGGGAAUCAUGUGCUACGUUAGGGCUUUUCUCCUUUUUCAUGUUGAAUUCAGAAAUAGGUUCGAAUAUUCAAUUGGUAGCACUGAUAUUCGCUAUAAUGCAACACAGAUGGGUUGUCUUCAUGGCUCGGUCGAAAACUUCCCUCAUUCCAUUCAGCUGUCUUAGAAUAUGAAAUUUGCCAAUGUCAUGAGCUCGACCUUCCCUCAUUCCAUUCAGCUGUCUUAGAAUAUGAAAUUUGCCAAUGUCAUGAGCUCUUCUUUUCCAGUAGCAGUGUAUUUUCUUUGCUGGGACUGUCCUGUCCAUCUGUAUUUUCCAUUACAAGAUUACAUUUGUGUUUCUUCCAUGAUGAAACUGCGUCUCAUGUUUCUCAA